AUGGCGGCUGAGUCAUUCAAAUGCUCAUUUUGCUUGGACACGGUUGGCGCAAUGCGAGCCGUUUGGAGUGGACGCUAUAAUAAAGUGACCAACAAUGAAAUCACAUUCUUUUUGAAAAGUCUUUGUGAUCCAUUCAGGGGACAAAUUCCUGAUCAGUCAGCUGGAUGCGAGAUGAAAUUCUUGGGGUUGAGACCGCUUGCAGAAGAGCAAACAGCAAACAUGAGUGGAAUCGCUUUCUUAGCAGUUAUCAUUUUAAUGCAAUUGGGUGGCUUUGCAGCUGUACAUACAGAAAAUAUCUUUCUCAUGCGAAUCUAUGUAUAUUUAUGUUACGGAGCGCUUCUUUUCAACUUGGCCACGAGCGGAUGGGUUUUCUUUGGAUUGUUCGAUUUCAAAGAUGCGAACACUUUCUAUAAUUUUACCACUGCAAAAGAGCUUGGUGCUGAGGAUUUGAAAGAAUGGCACUUCAAAGAAAACUGUUUA